GCCGGGGGACACUUUUAACUCCGGGCUUUCCGGUCGCUGGUUGUUUCGCAUGAAGCAGCUUCUCUCCCGUUUCCGCCACAGGCCCCGCGGUGAUGGAGGACGAGGAGCGGCAGAAGAAGCUGGAGGCCGGCAAAGCUAAGCUGGCAGAGUACCGCCAGAGGAAAGCUCACGCCGACUCCCAGAGGAAUCAGAAGAGGAAGAAGAAAAAGAGGACAACGGAGGAUUCAGAGGGUGAUUCGCAGGGACAGGUGCAGUACGACCCCAAUCAGUCUGCAGAGGUGGAGGACUUCCCAGUUGGAGGACGAGAUGGAGAACGAGAGGGAACUAAAGACCCCCCCACCACGGAGUUUACCUUCGCAAGGACGCUGCGAAGCGGAGAGACUGUCCAGCAUGAUCAGACCUACACUAUAGAGCCGGAGAGUGAAGUGUCCACUACUGCUGAAGAUUAUUCCUCAGAGGUAAAUGGAUGCCUCGAUGAGAUGUCAGAGAAUCUAAUGAUGUCUGCGAAGGAUUUUAUCUGGGAGGAGGUUGAGUCCCUGCCACAGGGGACCAAAGGAGGUACAAUGCAGGACGCACUUGCUGCCAAGACCCAGGCAGUGGAGGAGCUGAGUCCGGAGGAAAUCAGAGCUGCCUUUGGUACAGAAGGAGUGCAGCAGCUGCAGGAUUUUGAAGCUGCUCUGAAGCAGCGGGAUGGCAUCAUCACGCAGCUCACGUCAAACCUUCAGCAGGCCCGUGAAGAGAAAGACGAGAUCAUGAAAGAAUUCCUGCAGCUGACAGAGCAAAGUCAAAAAUUACAAAUUCAGUUCCAGCAGCUGCAGGCGGGCGAAACACUAAGGAACACCAGCCACACCAGCACUGCAACUGGUCUUCUGCAGACCAGGCAGCAGCUUGUCCAGUACCAACAGCAGCUGGAGGAAAUGACCGUGGAGUCCAGAAAGCACCAGGAGAGGAGCAGUGAACAGCAAGAGCACAUCAGCCAGCUCCAACACAAACUCAAUGAGAUGGAGAUGUCAGGACGAAGAUCGGACGAGUCAUUUACACAGAGGAUGAACAAAAAGGACCUGCUGAUUGCUGAACAAGAAAAAGUCCUUGCGGGUCAGGAGCAGCUGGUGAUGGAAUUGAGAGUGUCCGAGGAGUCUUUUGUACAAACACUGGAAGAGAAAAGUCUGUUUAUAUCAGGGCAAACUGCAAUAAUCACGGAGCACGAGAGGUCAUUAACCCUGCUCAGAGAGGAACUGGCUCUUGUGGCAAGGACUUCAAAUGAAAAUAUUAUACAGCAAUCAGACGAGAAAGACCUGAUCAUUGCAGAGCAAGGGAGGGUCAUUUCAGAACGUGACGGCUCUCUCUCACAGCUCGAGGAUGAGCUUGAGACCUCGGAAAAACGCCUGCGUGAUAUCCAGCAGCGAAUGAACGCAAAAGAAUCAGAGCUUGAAAAAUGUCUGGAUGAGUUGGAGAGCACCAAGUCGGACUUGGAGAGCCGUAAGGGUGAAAUGGAGAGUUGUAAAUUGGAACUGGAGAAUGAGCGAGCAGAGUUCGAAAGUUGUAAGGGUGAACUUUCAAACUCCAGACAGAAAGUGCGAAUGUCUUCUAAUGAAAUCAUGCAGCUCAUGGGCACAGUGGAGGAUCUGCAGAAACGCUGUCACCAGGGCAGCCUGACGGAAAGUGACGCCAUCCAAAAAAUGCAGGAAGAGACUGGAAAGAAGCUCGAAGUUCUCAGGGCAGAGCUGGACGAGAUGUACGGCCAGCAAAUUGUCCAAAUGAAGCUGGAGCUUAAUUUACAACAUGCAGCAAAAGUGGAGCAAUUGACUGAGCUACAUAGUUCUGAGCUCGAGCUUUUGAAAGCACGACUGUCUCAAAGCUCCACUCUUAGCGCCGCUGAGGUGGACAGUCUCAAUGCUAAGAUUAAGGAGCUUCGGGAGACAGUAGAGCAAUUCCAAGCAAUGCAUGAUGAAACCAUACACGAGCUAAGCCAAGUCUCCCAAGAAAAACUCCACCUGCAGGUCAAGGUUGAGGAUCUUCUUCAGGAUCUUUGUUCUACUAACGAAAAAGUGGAGCAGGUCUCCCACAGUCUUAUCUCUCAGGAAAGCCAACUGGGUGAACUGCAGCGCCUCCAGGAGACGAUUGACGGUCUGAAGAGCGAGCUGGCCGCGGCUCAGGAAGCUGCUCAAGACGUAGAAACUAAACAUGAAUCAGAAGUAACCAACUACAAGAUCAAGUUGGAGAUGCUAGAGAGGGAGAAAGAUGCUGUACUGGACCUCAUGGCCGAGUCUCAAGAGGCAGAGCUGGACCGGCUCAGGACUAAGCUUCUGUUCAGCCAUGAGGAAGAGCUGACCCAUCUGCGGGAAGAAUUGCAGAGGGAGGGCUUCAUGAACACAGAAAACCUUCUCAAUGAAGCUGCUGUCAAACACGAGAGAGUGUUGCAUGAGCUGCGUGUUGGUUACGAAGAAGAGCUGCAUCUGUCGCGAAGAGACAAGGCAAAUUUUGCCACAGAGCGAGAUGAGCUUCUGCACCAAAUUCUUGGCCUGAAAGAAGACCUCAAGCUGGCUUUGCACAGCUCCAAAGCAGAUGAGCUUGUCCAGCAGCUCAAAGAGCUUCAGGUGGAGAUCGAGGAACUGAGAAAGGGAGGAGAAGAACGAGCUAGAAUGGAAAAUGAAAUUCAGACGUUACGAGGAAAGAAAGAAGUGAUGCAAAAACAGACAAUAGAUAAAGAACAAUCCUGGCAGAACAAGUGGAAAGAGCAGGAAUUAGAAAAGACAAGCUUGAUAGAAUCUAAUAACACUUUAAAAGAAGAGUUGGACUCAAACUUUUUGGAAAUUGAGACACUGACAACAGAAAAUAAUCAAAUUCAGCAAAUAGUAGACGAGCUCAGAGAGAAAAUUGAAAACCAGAGGACUACUUUCUCAUUCGCCGAAAAGAAUUUUGAGGUCAACUACCAGGAGCUAAAGGCGGAGUACAUGUGUCUCAUUGAGGCAAAGACACAGUUAGAAGAGAGGACACUGAAGGAGACACAUGAGUCAACGGCAAAAAUUGCCAACCUUCAGUCACAGAUUCGGGAUCUGGAGGAGAGCAGCAGCGAUAUCAAAUUGGAGGAUGCGAAAAAAGAGAAUGAAGCUUUGGUCAAAAAAGUUACUACUGAGCUAAUGGAGAGACUGAAUGUUACUUUGGGUGAGAAGGAAAUCCUGGCUGGUAGGGUUUCUGAAGUUACAGAGAAACUCAUGUUCACGGAGAGCAAAGUGGGACAGCUGGGGGACGAGCUGAUGAACGUGAGAAAAGAAAACGCAACGGUCAUGGCCCAGAAUGAAAGCCAAGGAAAAGAACUGGAAAAAGAACAAGAGAUUAUAAGAGAGCAGGCGAGGGGGCAGGAUGCCCAGAGAAAAGCUAAGCUCCAGAAAGAAGAGGAAGCUGCUGAGCCAGUUAGUUCUUUUGAGGAUCAUCACUCUGAGAUUCAAUCUCUGCGAGAGGAGAUAAAGGCUCUUCAGUCCCUGCUGCGGACAGCUGAAGCUGAGAGAGACAACAUCAAGCAGACCCUGGAUCUCGAGAAGCUUUUGCAGACUAAUGCAGCGGCAGUCCAGUCUGUGGGGGAGGGACCUGUGGAAGGACGAUCCUCGCCACAGAAGUCCACAGCCUCAGGGUCAAGCAGGCGCAAGAGACGGCAGAGGUCGAAGCAGGAGCGCAAAGUGGUCACUUCUCCGUCAGGCAGCAGAGAAGAAACGCAGAGGGAGGAGGAAGAGGACGCAGCGGCGGAGGAAGAGAGAGCUGCAAGUGCCGCAGAGCAGGAGAAGCAGACUCAGAUGGAGAGCCAGGUUAUGUCAUGUCCACAGGAGAGGGCCAGUAAGGAGGACUCCACUGACGGGUACCAGGGAGACGGAGGCAGAGGCUACAUCAACAAACGGGUGAGCCAACAUGGGACUGACGGCCAUCACACGGAGCCUGACGUGUGCCAGAAAGAAGAGGGAGGAGAGACAACUGAGCAUGGUGAGUGCCGGCUGCAGAUGGAGGCCCAGCGCAUCAGCCUGUCUCAGAUCCACGCCGCCCAUCUCGAGCUGCUGCAGGAAGAGACGGACGCCCGCACACACUCCCUGGAGCUGAAAUUGCAAAACCAGAAAGUUCACAGUGUCCUGGAUGAGCCAAAAUUCUUCAAAUAUCAGAACAUGUUACAAGCUGUGUCAGAAGAAUGCAUUGAGAUCAUUCUGUCUUUUCGAAAGCUGUUUGGUGAAGAGUUUUUGGAAAGUGUUGACAUGAGCUGGCAGCCCCCUUCAGAGGAAAGACCAGAAACUAGUGAAUCCACCUCCAUUAUACAGGAGGCCAGAGAGCUAUACAGAGGUCUUCAUCAGGUGAGGGAGAGGAUUGAACAGGAGCAUCAGAGACUGUCACAGCUCCAGGCUCUGCUGAGGGUUGAUGUUGACAAGAUGAUGGAACUGCAGAUGGCGUUCGAUGAGCUGAAGAGCCGCAGUGAGAAGGAGAUCUCUGACCUACGUGUGCAGGUUGCCAGCUGUAGCUCCUCAAGCAAAGAGGAGCAGGCUGGGGCACCAUCUCCCUCCAUAGCCAGUGAGUUACAGAAGCUGAAGGUGGAGGCUCAGGAGAAGCAGCUCCAGCUGGAGGAGAGUCACAGACAGGAGCUGGAGCGUCUCAGAGCUCACUACCAAGAGCAGGCCACAGAGGCAGAGGAGCGAUACGCCACUGAGCUCUUCCUGCUGCAGCAGCAACUGCAGUUGGCCACAAGCACACAGACCCACUACAGCCUGUCCACAGUUCCUGAGUCCAGCUCUGAGAGGACAGACGAGCGCAGCGAGGACCUAAAGUCUUCACAGGACCAGCUUGGACAAGAGUUGUCAGAGGGAGGUGUAGAGUUGAGUUUGUCUAGCAGGUCCGCAGGCCUGACUGCACAGCUGCAGGCUCUGAGGAAAGCGCUCUACCACAAGUAUGUCCAAGAAGUGGCCACUCUGAAGGAGCAGCACAACAGCGAGCUGAGGAGACUGAGAGAAGAAAGGGAGCAGGGGAGGCAAAGAGAGGAGCAUCAGGAAGAGAGAGGAGAGAGGGAGCAGGAUUUCGGCAGUGCUGGAAGCUCCAGUGGGAGCCUUGGGGCGGCCGAGCAGGUCGUGCUGGAAGAAAAACAACACUGGGAGAGAGUGGAGGAGGAGGUUGCCAAAGCCAUAGUUCAGAUGUCAGUGGAAUUUGCACAGCAGACUGAGCUGGCUCGCAUCCAGCGUUCCUGCCAGACGAGUACCUCGAUGCAGACACGGUCAUAUGAGGAGGAGAUGAAGGAGAGGGAGGACAAGCAGCCUGCUCCCAGGGCUUCAUUCUCCCAGGGCGCCUGGAUGGAGGAGGUGGAGAGGGAGAGGCUGGAGAAGGAGCUGGAGGAGAGGAACGCAGAGAUCCGAAAAUUAAAGGAGGAGCUGCAGAGAAGUGAAACAGCACCUGAGAAGGCCCUAAAGAAGAGGAAGGACGAUCAGGAAGAAGCUGAGGAAGAUCAAGAUCCAGGUGGGACGGGAAUAAAGGAGGCUUAUGCACUAAAGUUAUCCUCGCAGAAUGAUGGAGAGUCUUCCGAUACGGACAAUGAAAGAAACCUGUUGCGUAAGGCCAAUGAGAAACUUACUCAGGUGCUGGUCGAUGUCCUGAAGACCACGGCAGCAGCAGAGGAAACUAUGGGCCUCCACAUGCAAAGUCGCUGUGAUGCUUCCAGUGAAGAGCAGAAGGCUGCACCGCCCCCCUCCACCUCACAGAGAGCAACCUGGCAGAAAGUUAACACACCGCCCUUCAGGACUUAUGCUGCAGGUCACGCUGCUGACAGUUGCCAGGGCAGUGAGACCUCCACAGACGAUGUGAUUUCGUGGUCCAGGGAGACAGAGGCUGAUGAGGGUCUGGAGGAGUCCCGGCAGAUGAUGGACAGCCUGCUGCUGGGGGCGGGGACACAGUUAGAGAACGAGGAACAUCUCAUGGGCAUCGGCAGCCGACUCCAAACGGCUCUGGAGAAGAUGUUAAUGGCCAUCACAGAAACCACUAACCAGCUGGAACAUGCCCGGAUGACCCAGACCGAGCUGAUGCGGGAGUCCUUCCGCCACAACCAGGAGAUGAGCGAGCUGUUCCAGAAGCAGGAGGAGCUGCAGGAGAGGGUCUCAGAGGAGUCCCGCGCACGGGAGCAGCUGGCUCUGGAGCUUCACCGCGCAGAGGGUGUAAUUGAUGGCUACACGGGCGAGCGGGCUGCGUUGGAGGAGCAGUUGCGUCAGAAGGGAGAGCUGCAGAUGAACCUUGAGCAAGAGCUGCAGGUUACAAGUAGCCGGCUGCAGGAGUUGGAGCAGGAGAGGCUUCAGAUGCAGGAGGAGCGGGAGCUGCUGUCACGGCAACAGGACGCUAUGAGGGAGAACGCCGGGCCCCGUGAGCUUUGCCUAGUUGAAGCUGCAAUGGUUGCAGCACCUGAAGCAGACCUGCUGGAGGAGACAGAGAAGCUGAUGAAAGAGAAGGUGGAGGUCCAGCGUCAGGCAGAGAAGGAGAACACAGAGCUCCUGAAGCAGGUGAAGCUGCUGGAGGCCGAGCUGGAGGAACAGGUCAACAGGGUGAUAGAGCUGGAGCAAGCUCAGAUGACCGAGAGCGGAGACCUGCAGCAACAGAUCCAGGCUCUGGAGAAACAGCUGGACAAGAACAGGAGGUUCCUCGAUGAACAAGCUGUGGACCGAGAACACGAGAGGGAUUUCUUCCAGCAGGAGAUCCAGAAACUGGAGGAGCAGCUGAAGAAUCCACAGAAGCUUCAGACAGGCUCCGAGCAAAGAACCCGAGAGGUGGACCAGCUGACCUCCCAGCUGAAGGAGAAGGCGGAUUGGUGCAGUGAGCUGCUGCUCAGCUCGGAGCAGAUGCGUCGUGAGUUGGGAGAGCGCGACGAAGAGAUUGACAAGCUGGAGAGCCGCAUCCGCGAGCUGGAGCAGGCCCUGCUGGCCAGCGCUGAUUCCCUGGAGAAGGAGGAACAAAAGAAACAGCAUGCAUCCAUCACUGAGACCAACCAGUCAACACUGGAGGCUCAGUUACAGACGGAGAGAGAAGCUCUGGAGCGCAAAGAGAAAGAGAUCUGUAACCUGGAGGAGCAGCUGGAACAGUUCAGAGAGGAGCUGGAGAACAAGAGCGAGGAGGUGCAGCAGCUUCAAAUGCAGCUGGAGAUCCAGAGCAAGGAGAUCAGCAGCCAGCAGCAAUACCUAGAAACAAGGGACAGCUUGAUCCAGGUGAUGGAGGAGAAGGACAGGCAAAUAGCACUUCUUAAUGAACAGAUCACUAAGCUUCAACACACGGAAACAGCUUCUGAUAACAAGGAAAUUGAUGAGAGGGAUGAGCUGCUAAAAGACCUGGAGUCCCAGGUGGAAUGCCUGCGGAGUGAACAACAGCGUCAGAAGAGGAAUAAUGAAGAGGAGCUUGACCAACUGAAUGCAGUCAUAGAGAAACUUCAGGAGGAACUGGCCAAUAUCGAGCAGAAACAGGCUGCAGAGGAAGACGAGGACAUCAAGGGUGACGCAGAGAGUGGCACGUGGGGGCCUGCUAAAGAGGACUAUGAUGAAAUGAAGCAGAGAAUGGACCUGACCACCAAAGAGCUGGACACGCUGAAAACAGAUCACAGUAAACUGAAGGAGACAUAUCUGUGUUUUAAAGAGAGCACGGACGCUUUGGAUGAAGCAGAAAAACUGGGUAGUUCAGAGGGCGAGUUUGAAGAAGCUCUGAGAGAGAAAACUGCAGGUCUCGUCGUCAUGCAGGCCCAAGUACAAGCCCUGGAGCAGAGUGCAACGUCCAGGGUGGAGGAGUUAGGGCUCCGUAUCCGGGAGCUGGAGGACCUGGUCGUCGAAAAAGACGCUGAGUUAAGCCGCAGUCGCCUCCUUGUGGGGCAAACUCAAAGCGAUGCAGAUGGUCUCCAGCAGAGGGUGUCUAACCUGGAGGGAAAUCUGAGGGAGAAAAUGGCUUCAGCAAUGGUCAGCCAAGCCACCCUGGAGGCCUUCCAGCAGCAGCACCAGGGAUCCAAAGAAAACCAGGACAUGCAGAGACGAACAGAGACGCAUGUGAAGCCCAAUGACGAUCCCCAUGUACGUGACUUUGGUGACUUUGGUAUUCCCAAAAUGGGUUUCAGCGGACUGAGCCAAGCGAGACAAGUUUCCACGGGGAAGGUGGUGCAUCUGACCCAGAAACUUAUGGAGCUGGAGGUGGGACUCAGUGGGAUGCAGAAAGACCAGGAGCUCCAGAAGCAGCUGCUCUCCAGCUCUGAGGAGGAGGUGCUGGAGUACGAGAAGAGGCUGGUUGUGCUUAUGGACCUGCUGAGUCAGAUGAAGGCCAGGACACACCAGAGGUCUUCACCAGCUGUGGAGGCCUCCUCUGCUGGUUCCCAGCCAUCAGUGUCAGAACUUGUUCAGGAGUUGCAGGAGGUUAAAGACGAGACCUCGGCCACCAAGCAGCAGCUCGACAGCUACAACAAGAGCAGCAGCAGACUCCAGGAGGAGCUCCAAGAAAAAACGGUCACAUUGGAGAGACUACAGGAACAACUUCAAAUGGUAUCAUCUAGUGACAGUGGGCAAGUCAAGCUUCAACAGGAACUCGCGGAGGCUCAAGAGGAGGCAGCAGCUGCCAAAGAGGAGCUGAGCAGCUGCCAGGAGAGUUUGGAGAAGCUGCAGGAGCUGCUGCAGGAACGGGAAAUGACCAUUGCUCACCUCAAAGGAGAACUUUUCCAAGUAAAAUCUGUAGAAGGAUCAGACAGGACAGAGCUUCUACAGGAGGCCAGAGACGACGUGGCAUCCACCAAAGAAGAACUCAACAGCUCAAGGCAGCAGAAUGAGAAACUACAGGAAGAGCUCCAGAUCCGUGAACUGUCAAUAUCCAAGCUCAAAGAGGAGUUCCAGCAGUUGAUAAAGGAUGUGGGUUCCACCAAAGAGGAGCUCAACAGCUCCAGGCAGCAGAAUGAGAAACUGCAAGAAGAGCUCCAAAUCCGUGAACUGUCUAUUUCUAAGCUCAAAGAAGAGCUCCAGCAGUUUAUAAAGGAUGUGGAUUCCACCAAAGAAGAGCUCAACAGCUCCAGGCAGCAGAAUGAGAAACUGCAAGAAGAGCUCCAAGUCCGUGAACUGUCUAUUUCUGAGCUCAAAGAGGAGCUCCAGCAGUUUACAAAGGAUGUGGAUUCCACCAAAGAAGAGCUCAACAGCUCCAGGCAGCAGAAUGAGAAACUACAGGAAGAGCUCCAAGUCCGUGAACUGUCUAUUUCUAAGCUCAAUGAGGAGCUCCAGCAGAACAGGCAGCAGAAAGAGAAACUCCAGGAGGAGCUCCAAGUCCGUGAACUGUCUAUUUCUGAGCUCAAAGAGGAGCUCCAGCAGUUUAUAAAGGAUGUGGAUUCCAGCAAAGAGGAGCUCAACAGCUGCAGGCAGCAGAAUGAGAAACUCCAGGAGGAGCUCCAAGUCCGUGAACUGUCUAUUUCUGAGCUCAAAGAGGAGCUCCAGCAGAACAGGCAGCAGAAUGACAAACUCCAGGAGGAAAUCCAAGUCCGUGAACUGUCUAUAUCUGAGCUCAAUGAGGCGCUCCAGCAGAACAGGCAGCAGAAUGAGAAACUCCAGGAUGAACUCAACAUACGUCAAAUGUCUGUUUCAAGGCUCAGAGAUGAGCUGAAGGAGGCACAGACAGCUCUGAUGAAGGCGGCAGACUCUGUUCCUCCGUCUCCGUCUCCGUCUCCUUCACCAUCUCCAUCUCCGUCUCCUCAGCCACAGUCCUCUGCUCCAUCCUCCUCCACCACCCAGCCCAAGAGAAAGGGUGCCAAACAGCCGGCUGUUAAGGGAAGCAGUGUCAAAGAUAAACCAUCUCUGUCCAAGAAGAACUCUGCUGGUUCCAGCCAGUCCUCCCACAGAUCUCACGGCUCCCGGCUUAACAGCAGCUUCGAACAGCAACAUGUGGCCGUGGCGGACUCGUUCACGCAGACCGAACCUCUCCAAAUGUUGGACUUCAGCACGGAAAGCACGUCUGCCGCUAAAGAGGAGAUGGAGGAGGUGAUCGGCGACUUUCAGGAGAAGAUCGUGCAGAUGCAGGAGCUCCACGCUGCAGAAAUCCUGGACAUGGAGGCUCGGCAUAUCACGGAGAGCGAGAACCUGCGGCGGGACAUACAUGCACUGGAGGAUGAGUGUAAAGCACUGAAGUCCGUCAUCGACAAGCUACGCUCUGCUGAGGCUCCAACAUUAAGACAAGAGCGUUCUGUGCCUCAGUUCAAAGAUGGAUACACCAGUGACAGCAGUUCAGACUACAGCCAGCGGACUGGAUGUGAACUCCCGAGUUUGCACCAAGAGUUCAGGACGACACCAGAGGGCACCAGGAGAGAAACUGAUGAUCCAAUGCCCGACCGCAUCAAAUUGUUGCUCCGUGAGGUGCACCAGGAGGGGAUGCAGGUGCUCUCGCUGUCGGAGAUGCCGCUCCCUGGAGACGAGCCGGGCCACCAGUUCAACGUCCAAGGCUGGAUGAAGGAAAGGGAUGAUUUGCUGGCAACCGUGGAGUCUCUCAAAGGCCUCAUCACUCAGAUGCAGACACACCGGGAAACACAGGCGUCGGGUAGCGUGGACUGGCGUGCCGAGCUCCUGGACGCAGUGAGGCAGGUGUUUCUGAGGGAGCGAAGCGUCAUGAAGAACAUCCUCUACAGCCAGUUGGACCUGCUGGACACCAGCGACGCCAUCAUCCACCUCAAUCAGCUGGAGCGCAGGCUCACUGAACAGGACGCCCUCCACAGAGACGCCAUGGGUUCCCUCCACACUGCAGAGCGGACGAGUCUCAUCUCUGAGAUUCAUCAGCUCCGUGGUCAAUUAGAGCAAAUCCAUCAAGGUGUCCAGCCUGCAGCGUCUUUGGCUGCUGAAGUUAGUAUGAGGGAGCAGAGGGAGGGAGGAGGAUUGGGAGGAGGAGCGGGAGGAGCAGCGGAGGUGGACAGGCUGCUGGUGGAGGAGCUGAAGGUUGAACUGUCCCAGACGAAGCUGGAGCUGGAGACGACGCUCAAGACUCAACACAAACACCUCAAAGAGCUGGACACACUCAGGGCCGAGGUAUCGAAGAAAGCUGCCGAGGUGGACGCAGUCAGUGACCAGAUGACAGACGAGAGGAAGAGAAGCAGAGAUUUGCAGUGGGCCAUGGAGAAGGAGAAAUGUCGAACUGGAAGAACUGAGGAGAGUAAAAGGGAAGAGAUGGAGGACCUCCAUCUCAGUCUGGAGGAGCAGAAGAGCUGUGUGGCCCAGCUGACCCUCACCCUGAACCAGCAGCGCCAGGCCUCGUCCCAGCUCUCCCAGCAGGGUGAGCAGGAGCGUCUGAGUCUCCAAAGACGCCUCCAGGAGCUUCAGGUCCAGUUAGACACUGAGCGAGCCAAGGCCCUGGAGAUGAGUUCUGCACUUGGGAGAGAAAGGGAGCUGCGGACAAGUGUCACCUCCGAGUACGUCUCCUCCAAUGAGGAGCGGGUCGAGGAGGAAGGGAGUCUGCUGGAGAGACUGCAAAGGGAGCUGGAUAACAAACACACACAGGUGGUGCAUCUCCUCGGUCAGGUGGAGGCCCAGAAGCUCGAGGUGGUGCGGAGAGAGGAAGAGCUGAAUUUGGCGAGUCAGAGGUCGAGAAGGGACCAGGAGACGCUGCUGGGGGCUCGGGGCCAGCUGGAAAACCUGGAAGCACAACUGUCAGAGACCCAGGAGCAGCUGGAGAGAGAGAUGGAGAAGAGGAAGAGCCUGGAAGAAGAAAAGGAGAGACUGGAGGAGAGGAUAACCCGAGUCGAAGAGCAGAGAAGACAAAGGGAGGGGAGCGGAGCUCAGCAGGCUGACAGUCACACUCAGGCAGACUGGCACAGAGAUUCCCCCGACCGUACCACAGACUGGGUGUUCCAGCAGAAAAGUGGGAAUGCGUCCCCCAACCUGCAGCUCUCUCCAUCAGCUCACACCAGCGGACCUCAUCAUGGUCCUUGGCGCACGGUCGACAAGAUCGUGGGCAAACUCCAUCUCGUUUCCUCAAAGAUCCGCAGCAUGGCAAACAAAACGACUGGCAGGCUGACUGCAGAGGUUGACAGUGAAGAGUUGUCCUGGGUGCAGUCCAGUGUUGAUGAGGUCAUAACUAUGCUGCAACAAUCCCCGGGUCUACCCUCCAUCCCUGAGAGUGUGUCCCUGCUGGCAGGAGGCUCCUCCAGCUCCUCCAACUCCCUGACGGAGCGGCUGCUGAGGCAGAACGCCGAGCUGACGGGUUUUGUCAGUCGUCUGACCGAAGAGAAGAACGACCUGAGAAACCACACGCUCCGCUUGGAGGAGGAGCUCCGACGUUACAGGCAGACUGGACUGGGAUCAGGAGAAAGUUCCCUCAGCCGGAGGGGAGUGUCUAAGGUGGACUCGGCCAGUGUGCUGCUGUCCCAUGAGCGGGAGGCUUGGACUCGAGAGAAGAUCCGUCUGGAGAAAGCUUUAAAUCUGGCUCAGACGCAGGUGGCCCGACUUCGAGGAGAGAUCAGGACCGACACCCUGCGAGAGAUAACUGGACCUGAGGCGGACAACGCUGCACUGAAGAGGAUGUAUGGGAAGUACCUGAGGUCAGAAAGCUUCCGUAAGGCUCUGAUCUACCAGAAGAAAUACCUGCUGUUACUGCUGGGCGGCUUCCAGGAGUGUGAGGAGGCCACGCUGGCGCUGCUGUCCAGGAUGGGCGGCCGGCCGGCGCUCUCCAGCCUGGAAUCCUUCGGUCAGCGUCGCCGAGGGCUGUCGCGCUUCCGCUCCGCCGUCCGAGUCUCUAUCGCCCUCUCCAGAAUGCGUUUCCUCGUGAAGCGAUGGCAUAAAGCAACGGGGAUCAACUCCACGACCCUCUGCAGCGUGCACAAGAAUGGAACAGGUCAGACGUCAGGGUCAGAGGCGAGAGAUUCACCUUAUCUCCUCCACCCAGGCAGCGUGGAGAUGUACAGAGACAAGAGCAGCGCAGGAGGAGUCUCCGGCAGCAGCAGAGGGAGAAGUGGACGAGAGUCCCCCCGGUCAGCUGUCUCCUCCACCCCCCACAGGUUUCACUUGGCCGGAGACCACGGAGCUCUCACCUGCUCCCACCUGCAGAGCUACGACCCCGACCGAGCGCUCACCGACUACAUCUCCAGACUGGAGGCUCUGCAGAGGAGGCUGGGGAACGUGACAACAGGUGCUUCUUCGUACGCUCAACUGCACUUUGGCUUGAGACGAUAGACGCUGACAUGUUACUUUGGCUUGAAGAAACUCAAGUUGCCUUUUCUCGUGCUGAGCGCUCUGCUGUUUUCUAUCACUCUGGUGUGGACUGUAUCUUUCCAUGUGUGGACCAAAACACAUUUUUUUUAUUCGUGUACGACAUGUUGUGUUCAGGCUUUUUGUCGACAGCACUUGAAAAACAGCUACGUUUGUAAUUUAAUCUGCCUCUUUGUUGUGGAUGAUCUGCAAUCAUGUAUAUUUGUCUAAUGCUAAUUUAAGACCUCGUGAUUAAUUUAUGUUCGUGUUCGUAUGGGUGGAGCGUUACGUAGAGAAUGUUUGGGUUCAAUGUUGAGGAGGCUGCUACUGGAAAUCCUACACUACACUGUUUUGUUGAGGUCGGACAGACUACAGAGGACAUUUGUAGAGAAAGUAUUUUUGUAAAGCGUUAGGAGCUUUGAAUUUUCUGGGUAUUUUGUCAAAAACUGAAAUAAAGAGGACAACAUUAUUUCAAAGA